UGUUGUAUGCAGUCCAUCUUUCUUCCUGCUCUUUAUUUUCAAUCCUUGGCAGCCCGGUCGUGUUUUUAAGUGUUUUUUUUUCUUGUCCCUUUUCUUUGUUUUCCAAUGUAGCUUUUAGCUAAUUCCAUUCUACCUUCGUUUCCCGCUAUUGUUUGCCAUUUUGUCAUCUUUUAAUUUAUUUCCCAUCAUGCUAAAUUGCAUUAAAUAGGCCUAUAUCGGAAUGAUUAGUUCUUUCUCAAAUGUUCUUCUUUUGUUCCCUUUUCCUGCUUUCCUUCCUUUUCUAUUUAAAAAACAAUAUAUUUUCUUCGUUUUAUUUUCACUUUUCCCUUUCCUUUUCCUCCUUUCCUUUUCCCCUUUCCUUCCCUUUCUUUCUCCCUCCCUUUUCUCUUUUUCCUGUUUUUUGUUAUUUUCCCGGUGAAAUCCGCCAGGGGGGGCAGCUUGCCCCCCCUGCCCCCCGUCCGUUACGCCACUGUCGAUGUUCGGGUAGGUGGAGCGUAGUGUAGCGGUAGUGGAGCGGAGCCUGUACGAACAUCGCUUGAGGUAGGUUAGUGGUGGUCAGAAAUCUUCUGCCUUUUGAGUUUUGGGCCCGACCACCACCUUCCACUCUAGCUAUAACACUGAAAACUGAUAUAGUCUAGAUCUACAUACAACACCCUAAAUUGAUCACUUGUACAACUACAAGUCUUAACUUUUAUAUCGUUUUCUUUUCUUGGUCACAUUUGCUCUUUCUUUUUUCUUUCUCUCUUAAAGGACAAUAUUGAUUGCUCCAAGUUCUGAGCUCGGAUGAGGUGACGGGCAAACAAGAUGGCUGCAGUUACCGGACACUUACCGAGAAAAUAUUUCCGGGCCCAGGUGAGGAAAGAGAAACGGAAGAGGAAAAGACAAGCAGCUGCACAGUUUCGAGAUGCCCAGAGGAGAGAUUUUCCAGCAGAUGAGGAAGAAGAUGAUGAAAUGCAAAAUGCAGGAGGAAGCGCAAUGGAAGCAGAGCAAAAGGAAACAGAUAAUUGUGUAGCCAGGAACACAGAGAGGAAUGGAGAGGAGGCGGCUUGGUUGGAGAGAGAGCAAAUUGCGCAAGCGGAGUUUGAGAAACGGCGGAAGAUUGCAGAGGCCUUGAAAGAGAAGGAGAUGGAAGAAAGGAAACGCAUCCAAGCGGAAUGGGAGGAACAACAGAAGAUGGAGGAAGAAGAGAAGGAGAAGAAAGAUCAGGAACUUGAGAGUGUACUUCUGCAGCUGGACCAAGAACUGGGCAACGAGAAGGAGCCUUCUAAGGAAUGGCGUAACCCAGAGGCACCCGCAUCGAGUCAACCACCCGGGAACCAACCCGUACGGGCUGUGAAGAAAGAAGAGCUGUGUUCCUUUUUCAUGAAGACUGGUGCUUGCCGUUUCAGAGAGAGGUGCUCCAGGACACACCCACCACCAACGGAAUGUGGCACCACCCUCAUGAUCCCGGGGAUGUAUACAAACUUUGGUCUCGGUCCAGACUUCAAGGAUGAAUACGACGCCGACAUCGGUUUGGAGUGCGACGAGGAGUCCGCUUACGUGAACUUCCACGAGUUUUACGAAGAUGUCUUACCCGAGUUCCGUGAAUAUGGAAAGGUUUUACAGUUGAAGGUAUGUCGUAAUUGGGAGCCCCAUCUGCGAGGUAAUGUCUAUGUCCAGUACAGUAAUGAAGAGGAAGCAGCCAAGGCUCUUGAAGUCUUCACAGGCCGUUUCUACGGUGGAAAGCAGCUGGAUCCACGAUACUGUCCGGUCAACAGAUGGAAACCAGCGAUAUGUGGGCUUUUCCAUCGUGACAGAUGUCCAAGGGGGAAGCACUGUAACUUCCUUCACGUGUUCCACAAUCCUAGAGGUGAAUUUUCUGACGCUGAUCAAGACCGUCCUCCUAGAACACCAAGUCAUCGCCGGGACGACCAGAGGAGACGAGAUUGGCAGGCCAGGGAGUCCAGGAGACGCUCAAGGAGUAGAAGUAGAAGUAGAAUGGAUUAUGGACGUUCAAGAAAACACUCGAGGAGUAGGAGUAGGGAAAGAAACAGGAGGCGGUACUCACAUAGACGAAGCAGAAGCAGAGAGCGGUAUGUGAGAAGAAGCAGGAGCAGAGACAGGGAUCCCAGAAAAAGUCGUAGCAGAAGCAGAGAAAGAGGUUCUAGACGAAGUCGUAGUAGAAGCAGAGAGAGAGAUCCUAGAAGAAGUCGUAGCAGAAGCAGAGAGAGAGGUUCUAGAAGAAGUCGUAGUAGAAGCAGAGACAGAGGUUCUAGAAGAAGUCGUAGCAGAAGCAGAGAUAUUCAUCCCAGAAAAAGUCGUAGCAGAAGCAGAGAGAGAGAUCCUAGAAGAAGUCGUAGUAGAAGCAGAGACAGAGGUUCUAGAAGAAGUCGUAGCAGAAGCAGAGAGAGAGAUCCUAGAAGAAAUCGUAGCAGAAGCAGAGACAGGGAUUCCAGAAGAAGUAGAAGUAGAGAUAGGAGUAGAAGCAGAGAGAGAUUGGGUAGAAGAACAAGGGACAAAAGACAUUUUAGAAGGAGCAGCAGUGAAAAUAGCAGUGAUAGAGGAAGUAGAAGUGCAAGUAGAGAGAGGCAGUUGCAUUCUAGUAGUUCAAGAAAAGUGGAAGAUAGUCAAUUUGAUCACAAUAGAAGCAGAAGUACAAGUAAGGAAAGGUUCCGAAAGAGGAGUAGAUCAAGCUCAGAUCAUAGUGAUGUCGGAUCUGAUGUUAGAGAACACAAGAUGAUUCGAAGUGAUAGUACAGACAAGAUUUAUGGAAGGGUUAUGUGUGGUAGCAAAGACAAGGUCAAGGGAAGAAAAAGCCCAAUUAGGGUGCGGAAGAGAGAUAGAGCAGAAAGUAAUUCAGAUAGUGAUCACGAGCAAAGCAAAGCAAACCUUCCUCUGAAAGUGAAUGGCUCAAGAAAGGACAGUAUCCCUCACCAGGAAUCGAACGACAAAUUCCCUGUGAGUUCAUCUUACAAAGACGAGGAAAAGCCUCCCGCUGAUGACCAUACUGUGACAGCGGCUGCCCGCAGGAAAAAGAAAAGCAAAACAAAGCACAAAGCGAAGCACAAACGGCGCCCCUCCUCGGAGCCCAAGAAAAAAAGGAGGAGGCGUCGGGAAAGUGAAACUACGUGUCCCAGCUCUUCUGAAGAACAGGAGAAAGAAGAUUUGAAAAUGAAGGAAAGGGAAAUGAGAGAGAGGAUGGAGAAGAGACACCUUGCAGUGGUGAACGUUAAAUCUGGUGAACUUGUGACCAAAGGAGAUCAGGGUAAUGAGUCAGAUGAUGAUGAAGCCUUGAGGCUUGCAGCUAUGAGAACAAUGGGACAUAGGUCAUUAAACACGUGACCACUAGCGUACCUACGGGGGGGGGGGGGCAGAGGGGGCAGACUGCCCCCCCCCCUGAUGAGUCACAACCCACGCAUUUGACAUAUCCCUGCCCCCCCUGACGAGUCUUGAAGACGUUGAAAAUCCUAGGUACGCCACUGCACGUGACCUUUAAUCUAGGCACCCCGCACUCAUUGAGAUUUCAUAAACAUUCUUGUUAUAUAUGAUAUAAGUCCUGGUAACUUGAAGAACGCUGUUAAAAACAUGGAUUUAGUACCGUAGCCCGUUAAUAGAAAUUUUUUUAUAGUAUCAAGUGUGUAGUUAAAGAUAAAAGCUACUGAGAUCACUCAAUAUGAUUGACUGACAGUAAUCUUGUUAUAGAAAUUACACAUUUGUUAUUAAUAACAAGUCUCAAUGAAAACAGGGUUCUUAUUGUGAAUUUGAAUACUGGAUUAACCUGUCUCAAAGUGAUGUACAUAAGAAUUGAUGUUUGCUGACAAGCAAUAAGUCACAAAAAUGGUGAGGUCACAUGUACUGUCCACAGUAAGAAUGUAUGGGACUACACACAAUUGUUUUUGCCCCUUUUUUUCUGUCACCCCAAAACCAACAAUAAGUCUUUUCAAAGUGAAUUUUGAUUUUUUUUUUGAGCUUCAAAAAGCACAUGUUAACCUAAAAUCGUAUUUGGAAGUUUCAUCAAGAUAAAUAGAAAAAGUUAAAUGUAUAUCUUUUUUCCAAUUAAAAUGAAAAAUUAUCGCCUUAUAUAAAUUCCAUCUUUAGCCAAAGCACACAAUGACAUUGGCAUGACGUUUUCUUGGAAAAGGUAAUGUGGCGUUGUGAUGCGUCACCAGUGUGUCGCAAUUUUUUUUUUUUUUUUUUAUACGCAAAACUUAAGAAUUAUGUCAUUAAAUUUUGCAGUGUUAUCUUUCUUUGUUCCAGAAAAGUGGUGGGUAAAGUAAUUCCUUUUAUGGUUAAAUAAUAAAUGUCAAAGAUAUUUUGUUCAAUUGAAGAGUAUCACUAUAAAUCCUAACUAGGCAAAAGGGGGGGGGGGUCAAUUUUCUUAGAAGGCCACAAAGAUUGUCUAGACCAGAAAUUAUCACAUUUGGACCUUCGUCUUUUAAUUUAUAGUGGAAUUUUUAAAUCUAUUUUACAUGUACAUUAUCAAUGAAAUAUCAAUUUUUUCAGAGGAUUAAUGAUAUUUUGUAGUUUUGGCUAUGGUUUGAUAUCAUGCAGUUUAUUAUUUCCAUGCCUCACUUGUUACCAGUCUUAAAGAAUGCCAAGAAAGUGAAGGAAUGAAAAAUGGAAUAUGAAUCUCACUGUAACUCUUAUGCAAAAGUCAGUGAUCAAUGUAACAGUAUUGAAAGUUUUAGUUGGUUUUAUUCAAUUCGAAUAAAAUAAAGGAAUGAAAAAUGGAAUAUGGAUUUCACUGUAAAACUUAUACAAAAGUCAGUGAUCAAUUCGACAGUAUUGAAAGUUUUUGUUGGUUUUAUUCAUUUUGAAUCGAAUAAAAGAAAUGAAAAACGGAAUAUGAAUCUCACUAACCCUUAUGCAAAAGUCUGUGAUCGAUUCAACAUUUAUGAAUUUUUGCUUAAUACACAGUUUGUGUUGGAUUUGUACACAAACUCAAGUUUUGGAGCAAUUUUGGGUCUGCAUCAUGCACUUAAAAUAUGUUGCCUUAUUUCAGAGCCGUAUCCGGGAUCACAAAUUUGGUCUCAAAAGUUGUGCAAGACAUGAAAGUAAAAAGUCAGUGAGCAGCACAGUGAGAAACUUUUGUGCGCCCGAUUUAUUGCGAAUAAUGUCGGGGGGGGGGGGGUUUAAUCAGCCCAUCCCCUCGUCUUCCAAGUAUUACUAUUAGGGUAAAAUUGGAGAUUUGUGAGGUGCAAAGUGUUUUUUUUUACUCACACGGUAGUCUGACAUGCAUUCUUUGAAAAACGUUUGUGCAGUGAAUACCGAACGAAAUACCAAGAAUUGUAUAUCAAUUGAAAGGAUAUACCCCUUGAGGAAAAUAAAAGCCAUGAUCAACAUCAUAUUUUGUAAUAGUGAAUUAUGUUUCAAUGAUCACAAAAGACUGAAAAUAUGCUUCAUCGCAUUUAAUGAUUCCUAAUCAUCCAUGUUUGAAUGAUUGAAAUAUGCAAUUAUAUGUCGAUGGUAAACAAACUAAGGCUAUACUCCUGAGAGGCAGGUAAAAUGUGAUUUCCAGCUCAGUUCAUCUUACAGUGUCAUUAAUGCACAGAACACAAUUUAUUGUGAUGUUGUUAACACAGUGUUAUUUAAAAGAGUCAUGUGGUCGAACGUACUCACAAAAUACUAGUAAUAGUAUUUCCAGAACAAUGCAUAUCUACAAUGAGAUCUUUGAUAUUUGAUUGAAUGGAUUACGGAUGUUCUUUUUUAAAUAAAAUAUCAAUGUGAAUAUA